AUUUUGGUUAUGUUCGUCCAGAUGUAUCAGAGACUAGAGAUCUCUAGGAUAAGCUAGAAGGCUGUCAUUAAUACAUUACGUAUCUGAAAUUGUCAAUCUUUUCUUCGCAGUGGUGUUUUAGAUAACGAAAGCAGCGAUGGCGGCGGUCCCGGCUGUUCCCCAGGACUACCUGGACUUCCCCCCGGAGCUGGUGGCCCGGCCGCUGGCGCUGGUGGGGCUCACGGGCCUGGACGCGCUCCACAACGCCGUGCACCGCGCCAUCUGGGAGGCCUUCAGCGGCGGCCGGCGCGCCGAGCGUGCCUCCGUGCUCUUCAAGCUGCUUGACCCCGCGCACGACUUCCCGCCCGUCAAGCCCAGGAGGAGCUCGUACGACUGGUACAUACCCAAGGGCAUCCUGAAGCGCAACUGGAUGGCCAAGCACCUGGACCAGGUCCCGGCGGUCGUCGUGGUUUUCUACGAGCUGGACUGGGACGACGCCCAGUGGAACGAGAAGAAGAUAGAGUGUGCCUCGCGGGUGCAGUCCAUCAGGGCGGCGCUGGAGGGGCGCGGCACGCGCACGGCGGUGAUCCUGAUCCAGCGGGUGGCGACCCUGCCCACGGGGGAGGACAUGCUGACGGCGGAGCGGGCGGCAUCCCUCUGCUCCAGCUGCGACCUCAACCCCAAGUCGCUGUUCGUGCUGCCCAUGGGCGACCACCUGCACGGCUACACUCUCAGGCUGGAGAACGCGUUCUUCGACCUGGCGCAGAACUACUACCACCACGAGGCGAGGAACGUGCGGUCCCACCGCGACCACCUCAACAAGACCACGCACCAGUACCUGUUCGUGCGCCACCUCUUCAAGAUGGGCUUCCUCUGCGAGCUGAAGCAGGACCACCACACGGCGCACAAGCACUACUCGCAGGCGUACUCCGCCCUGCUGGACCUGCGGCUGGUGGACACCAACGCCCUCGAGAUCAAGACGGUGGCCGGCUUCCUCAACUACAAGCUGUGCAGCCUCAUGUUCCAGCUGAACCUGCCGCGCGACGCCAUCGCGCAGUUCAAGAAGCACGUGGACCUGUUCCGCCCGCGCACCGGCGUGCCGGACCUGGCCUUUGAGCACGCCGCCUGGCUCUCCAAGCAGUUCGGUGCGUUUGGGGACGUGUUCGACGAGACGAUCAGGCAGGGACUGCCGGCGCUCCAGACGCAGCACCCCGGCUUCUACUACCAGCAGGCCGCCCAGCACGCCUCGGAGAGGAAGCAGCUGUGCGCCCGCCUCUGCCAGGGCGUGACGGAGUACCCGGAGCCCGACCCGCUCGCCGGCUGGGAGCAGCUGGAGUUCUACGGGCAGCGGCCGUGGCGGCCGGGCAAGCUGAGCGCGGAGCCGCCCGACCCCGCCAAGGAGCGCAGCGCCUUCCAGGCCCUGCAGUUCCUCGAGCGGUUCCGCACCGACCACUCCAUGCUGAUAAUUGGACUGUUGGGGAAUGCUAUAUCGCAGUUCAAAACAUACCGCUGUCCACGUAUGAGACGGCAUCUUGUUGUUCAAAUGGCUGAAGAAUACUUUAGUUCCAAGGAUUACACCAAGUCUUUAACGCUGCUGACGCACAUGCUGUGGGACUACCGCAGCGAGCGGUGGUGGGCGCUGCUGUCCAACAUCCUGUCCCGCGCCCUGUUGUGCGCCUACCUGUCGGCCAGCGUGCAGGACUACGUGGCGCUGGCGCUCGAGGCGCUGGGCUCAGCCGUGCAGCUCGCCGCGCAGCACAAGACCCACCUCUACGACAACCUGGCGCGGAUCCUGAAGAAGGUGGCCCCCGAGCCGGAGCCAGGGGUGCCGGCCGACGAGGCGGCGCGGGUGGCGGGGCUGUGGGCGGUCGCCAGCGGGGCGGAGCCCCUGGUGGUGUCGGUGGACAUGAGCAACAUCACCGCGUGCGUGGAGUGCAGGGCUGGGUUCUGCCAGCCCAGCUACAAGGCCGAUCAGCCGGUGGACGUCGAGGUCUACAUCAGGAGCACCUGCCCACACCCCCUGCAGCUGACGUGCUGCACGCUCGUGCUGGCGAGCCCCGGCCGCAGCGAGGAGCUGCAGGUGUGCGCGGACCCGGCCGCGCUGCUGCUGCGCCGCGGGGAGGCGCGGCGCCUGCGCUGCACGGCGGCGCCGCGCGCCCGCGACGCCGGCCGCGAGCUGCAGGUGGGCGCCGUGCAGCUGCGCCUGGGCUCUGCGCGCGAGAGGGCCGUCCUGCUGUGUUUCCGCGCCGACCAGCCGGGCGGCUGCGCGGCCGCGCCCGCCUGCCCCGAGCUGCAGCACUUCAGGUACCCGCCGCGAGGCGAGCCGGACAUGGACGCAUGCCGGCUCCUGGCGAGCACGCAGAUCGCCCCGCAGGACUCGCGGCUGCGCCUGGAGGUGUCCCAGGAGAGCCCGGCCCUGAUCGGGGAGUGGUACCGGGUGGACGUGGCCGUGGGGAACGGCGAGGAGCUGCCGGCGGCCGCGGCCUGCCUGGAGGUCGGCCUGCGCCCCGGGGACGACGACCCCGGCAUCGAGCAGUCCACUCAGCUGUGCGAGGACCUCGGCGGGGAGCUGCUGUCGCUGCCCAUGAGGCUGCCGCUCGGAGACCUGGCCCCGGGCGACACCGGCCGCCGCCAGUUCUACCUGAGGGCUCACCGCGUGGGCACGCGCGCCCUCUCGCUCAAGGUCUCGUACACCUUGACCACAGAGCUGGAAGGAGAGCAGGUUGAGAGUGCGUGCGUGAAGGAGGAAGAGGUGGACGUCCCGGUGUCGAAGCCGUUCGACGUCACCGCCAAGUUCUACUCCCUCAAGUUCGAGCCGGUGGCGAAGGCGUUCGCCAAGGAGGCGUUCAUCGUGAUGCCGUACGUCAACUGCACUUCCCCCUUCCCCCUGGUGGUCGAGGACUCGUCUGUGGAGCUGAGGCAGCAGGUGGGGCUGGUGGACGGGCAGCUCCGCUCGCAGGUGAAGGGCCUGCGACUGGAGGGCGGCGACGUGGGCUCCGAGGCCUUCUGCGUGGCCGUGGAGCGUCCCAGCGAGCAGCCCGUGGCGCUCGGCGUGUACACCCUGCAGUGGCACAGGGAGGGGGCGAGGGGCGUGGCCACCAGCAGCAGCGUCACGCUGCCCGCCGUGCAGGUGGAGGACGCCCCCCUCCAGGUGCAGAUGGUGCUGCCCGCGCACGGCUGGGUGCGCACGCCCAUGGCCGUCUCCUACCGCCUCACCAACCACACGUCGCAGCUGCUGCAGCUGUCGCUCAGCCUGGAGGCCAGCGACGCCUUCAUGUUCGCCGGCCACAAGCAGCUGCGACUGCGCAUCCUGCCGCAGAGUGAGCGCGCGCUGGACUACAACCUGUACCCGCUGCUGUCGGGCCUGGUGGCGCUGCCCCGCCUGCAGCUGGCCGUGCCCGAGGGCGCGGACUGCCCCGUGCGGCCCGCGCAGCUGGCCGAGAUCCUGGAGCGCACCCUGCCCGCGCACGUCUACGUCAUGCCACAAUGCAAAGGAAACCCCACUUCAGUUCCAGUUUUAUCACCCUAUUGAUGACUGAUGAUCAAGAACUAGAACAUAAUGGUUUCACCUAUGGUUUCCAUCGCCAGCUGAACAGAGCUUCCUGGAUAAGGUGUAUCAACCAUCAUGUUUUGCAUUUAGUAUAAUUUUUUUCUAUUCAGGUUGUAGAUUGUUAGUCAAUCCGCUGUAAUGAAAACUACAGAAGGAAUACACAGAGGUACAAGCCAAUGUGUAAGUAAUGCCUACAUAUGUAUCUGUAUAUAUAUUUGUUUAUCAGCAUGAAAUAUGUUUAAGGUUAUUAAAUUUCUAACUUUUUUGUUAUUU